AAAAGGAAAGAAGUGAUGAUUAAACCAGUAGUGCAUAGUACUAUCCGUGUGCCUUCCAGAUGGCAAUGUUUCUAUAAUAAGCCACGUAAUAUCAAUGUUUUCACCAAUGGAGAGAUGAUCAAGCCACCUAUAAAAUUUUUAAUACCAAGGUUUACUCUGAAAAACUGGAAUUGUGUCCUUGCCCUAAUUAAUGAAAAAAUGCUUCUUCGUUCAGGAGGUAUUAACAGGUUGUACACGUUGGAUGGUCGUGCUGUGGAAAGCUCAGAUGGCUUAGAAGAUAAUCAUUUUUAUGUUGCAGUGGGCAGAGAAAAAUUUAAACCAUUACCAUACUGGUGUUCCUCUAGGUCGGAGAAGCCAAGGGUCAGAAAAUCCUCCAGUAGACCUCCAAUAAAAUCUACUAAAAGUGCAAAAAUAGAAGAUGAGAAAGCACAGAUUUUGAUGACAGACACAGAUUUUGAUGACAAAAGUAAGAAGGAAAGUCUUGAAAGAACUUCAGAUCUAGCACUUGCUAAAGCACCAAGUAUCUUUAGAGCAGACGAACCAAGAGAAGAAGUUCAAGGAGCAGAAGAAGUACAGGAUGACAAAAAUGUGAAAGUGGAAGUGCCUAUUGACCAGAUCCCAGCUGAGAUCGUACAAGAGGAAGAAAUUACAGCACCUAGCAGCAAUGCUGUGGAUGAGGUUGAAGCAGAUGCCUUGGCUGAUUCUGAAGAACUUCCAGAAAAGUCGGCCCAGGCGGCCGCUCCUGGGUGUGUGAGGCGGCCCGUGUCCCGUGUCCGGCCGGCGCUGCGGGUGCCCCCUGGCACGGCUGUCCGGGUGCCCAUGUGUUGGGAGGAAUUGCGGGAUGUGUCGGGAGGAAUUGCGGGAUGUGUCGGGAGGAAUUGCGGGAUGUGUCAGGAGGAAUUGCAGGAUGUGUCGGUUGGAAUUGCAGGAUGUGUCGGGAGGAAUUGCGGGAUGUUUCGGGAGGAAUUGCGGGAUGUUUCGGGAGGAAUUUGA